AUGUCAUUAUACAAAUGUGUCGCCGUUUUCCGGCAUAAAGAUCUCACGUUGCUGAAAGCAUUGGAAAAUCUUUUAAACGCUAGUGACCUCUGGUUGGCUGCGAAUCUUAUCUCCUCUCUUCCCGUGAGAUUUGUUAAUUCACUCGAAAGUGAUUCUGGUGGUAAUUAUACAGCAUGGGAAUUCGUAAUUCCUAGACUUUGUCUGAUUGAUCAUUUCUCUCUCGUCUUGGGGCCAUUACUAAAUUCCUUGGUCUUUGAUCCUGUUAUGCACCAAGUCUCAAUAUUUUUCAAUCAACUUCAAUCUGAUCCCGAUUCCGUUGCUAUUCCUCCCCUGGAACUUCCUUCUCUUUGGAAUAACGUUGAGGGUAUUUUCUCAAUUGCCAUAGUUGUUUUUUUCAUGUAUCUAACUACUUUAUUAUUUUUUUAUUGUUGA